AUGAGCUUCCUCAACAAGGUCAGGCCAUGAACACGCCUUCUUACCCUCGUCGUCAAGUCGACAACAGGUCGCCGCCGGAGAUGCCCGGCCCACGUUGAGCCCCACAUGUUCCUGGUGCUAACGCUUCACCUCGUCAUCCCCUCGCACGUCAUUGCAGGCCUCGGACCUUCUCGACCAGGUUUCCUCCAAGGUCAACCACAACAACAACCGCCAAGGUGGCCAAAGUGACAACUACAGUGAUGAUAACAACACUAGCAACAACAACAACAACAACAACUCUUCGUACAGCAACCAGUAGCAGUCGUCGUACGGGUGAGUGCUGCGCCGAUCGCUGUUGACGCUUCUCUCUCGACGACGACCUCCUGUCUCAAUCGAGCGUUUGUCGGGUCUCUCGGGUCUCAGGCAAUCGGUGUCACGUUCACUAACUUGCUUUUCGACCGGUUCAUCGUAAUUUAUAAAUUCCUCUCGUCAGCGAUGAUGAGAACAACUCGUCGUCGGGCAACUACGGCAACAGCGGCAACAUCUCGUCCGGCGGUUACGGCGGUCAGCAGAGCAAUAACGUAGACUCGUCCAACUCCUAUGGGUGCGACACAAUUUCGCUUGCCCCGCUAUGCAAUUCGAUGACUGAUGCCCGAUGCGUGUGUGAUGGUCCCCCUUCUCAGAUCGUCGAACAACACCUCUUCGAACUACGACAACGGCAACAGCGACUCGACGUCGGGAUUUGGUGCGAGCGGCAACAACACUAGCGGCCGCGGUGGCAACAACUCCGCUUCAGGGUACGUAGGAGCAUGCAUCAGUAUACGUGCGAGAUCCAGAUCCAAGGUGUUUGCAGCUGAUCACGUGCAACGUCGAUCAGUUACGGCGACGACGAUUCGAGCUCGGGCGGCGGCUACGGCGGUGCCAGCGGUGGUCGUCAGCAGAACUCCUCAAGUUCGUCGUACGGCCAGAGCAACAACGACAACUCGAAUGAGUCGGCAUCGUUCGGCUCGGGCAACGUUGGCGGUUACAGUUCCAACAACAACAGCAGCAACAACGAUGAUAGCUCGUACGGCUCGUCGAAGAACCAAGAUUCGUUCGGCUCUUCGAACAACCAGGAUUCGUACGGCUCUUCGAACAACCAGGGUUCGUACGGCUCGACCAACGACCAAUCCUCGAACGACUACUGA